UGCAAUAUUAAAAGCGGUGUAAAUAUCUGUAAUGUCACGCGAUGCAACCAGAGGUGUCUUCCGAUUUUGUCACUCGAUCGCUCUUUAUCGCCCCCUGAUCAAAUGGUGCUGCUAUAAUUUUCACCGUUUCAGAUGCACAUAGUGCAUGGCGGUAAACGGAUCUGAAGUCUGGAGGAGCGUUACGAAGGGGAUUUCUGCCAUUUACCUAAAUUAAUCCGAAUACCGACACAGAUUUAGGUCUUUUUAAUUUUUUAAUUAAAUCAUCAGUCACAUCGAGUGUUAUCCUUUGGUCGAACGCCACUUUUUUUAAGAUGUCCACAAAAUAAUUGACUGAUAAAAUAGCUGUAGUUUUUUUUUAUCAAGUAUCCCAUUACCAUCAUUUAACGAAAUACAGAUAAUAUUUAAUGGAAUUUGUAAGCAUUUGUCUGUUGUUUUCAACGUAGCUCUAAUAGCAGUACUUAACUUUACGUAAUAGUUUCCUAUAGUUUCAACAGCACUAUAACUUACGCGACUUAGCUAGCUAACCAAAAAAAAUCCAAAUUUAACCUCGAUGGGACCAGUUGGGUAUGUUUUUAUUUUUUCAGAGUGGUGUAAGAUUAUUAAUAAAAGGAAACGAUACGUAUACGUACGUCUCGUGUGAAAUUGGUAACCUUUUAGCUGAGCAGUUAGUCUCCCGUAAUUUUAUCUGUAUAUCGAUGUCUGUCUGUAUGUCUCUCUGUCUGUAUCAUUUCAGUAAUUACAGGUCUGAUAGAGAAAUUACGUGUCCAAUACAGUCUAGAAGAUGUUCUCUGCUGUCAGAUACAAGUCUAUAGAUUAUGCAUUUGAGGCUUCUACAAGAUGCAAGCUGACUGUGAGCUUGCUAUCCCUCCCGUUACCAGAACGAACAGGAGAACUUCCGGAUCUUGCUUUUAGGGAGCCAUGGACCAGAGCAAAAGUAAUGUCCUCUUGUAGGCUAUCAGUUGGUGGAUCUGUGCUGGAUGAUUUGUGCACAAGUAGAGAAGUGGUAGACAUUCCAGAAAGGAUAAGUUUCUCCUCGACUCGAGGAGGAGUAGCAUGUCUGACUUCCCAGACUGGUGUGAACCACCCAUCCUGGUGUGAGACUUUCAGCAUAGGUGCAAUAGAACAACACCUGAUAAGACAACAUGAGAGUCUCUGCUUGGAGGAGGCGUUGUGUGUUGAUUUCCUACCAAAAUUCCAGAAGCUUCCAUCGCUGAAUGUUCUUUUGACCAGACUGAAAACCCUAACUGUGUCAGACCCUUUGCUAGCCCUCAUGGCUGUUUCAGAGCCCUGCAUUCUGAGGGACUGUGUGCCGUGGCAGGACACUGUGGCAGCAGGUGCCCAGACUGGGGAAACCAAUGUAAAGGAGCAUUUUCUCACAGAGUCUCUGGCAGACACAGAGAGUCUCCUUCUUGAUGUGGUACUUGAGGUCCACGUCCAAAGCCCAGCUCGCCCUUCUCUGUACAGCACCCUCCAGAACAUAACUUCUGCUGUCCCUGAAGUUGUACUGGAGAGUAGUACCAGUCUGGAGUACCUCAGAAUGGAUACAGCUGCAAGUGUCCAAAUGAGGAUAGAGUUGUAUGACAUGCCCAAUGAACUAACCAGCCGUGAUUUGGCAGUCGAAUCACCAGUUCUUUCUUCUCCUCCAGCCUGUCUCAUCCUCCUGCCCAACCUGGAACUGGAUGUUCCCCUCAGACCUCCAUGCCCACCCUGCCUCCCCCAGCCCAGGACCAGCUGCCUCCAGCUUCAGAAGGAGACACUGUCACCAGAAGAUCGUCUUGACCUUCUGCAUGAUGGUGGUAGAGCUGCAAUGGAGGGCCUGUGGAAAGCAGAGAAACAUCACUAUUCCAUCCUGGACCUGCUGCUGGCAGAACCGCAGGUGUGUCGCCGUGCAAAGCCUUACCCACCCCUUCUGGAAGCUGCAGAACUGAUGGACAUCAAGCGGUUUAUCGAGGUGCACAGACACCUCGAAACUGAACACUUCAUUCUGAACUUCAACCCGGACCUGGGUGUGGAGAAGACAACCCCAGUAGACCAGAUCCACGCAGACACUGUUCUUGCCCCAGUGGAAGAUUUCUCAGUUUUCUCCUUCAGACAGAUUGAUUAUAUUCUAACAGAAUCGAGUGAUGAGUCGGAAUAUAUAAAGCAGCCCAAGAAAGGUGUGGAAGACUUGGAUAUAGAUAUGGACUUGGAUGACAUGAGUGACAGUGCAAAAGUCAGUCUACCAGUCAGACCUAAAAGUCAGAACAUACUUAACAUACCUAGAGCUCACAGAACAGAGUCUAGCCCAGUGGGGGGGUUGGAGAGAAAGAAUACAUCCACCCUGGCCAGAGCUUGUGGAAUGGAGACUCCUAAUAGAAACACAGCCUGGACAACUCGGAAGGAUCUAGACCCUCUGCAGACCUUCAUGAUGCUCCGGUCCCAGCAGUGGCACCAAUCUGUCAACCAAGAGCAUCCAGCAGAACCAGUGUGCCGGUCUUUUCCAGCUCCCAGACAGAAACUAGAGCCCAAUCAGAAGCCAGUGUGUACAAUAUCAGACAGAGACAGCACAGGAGCCAAAGACAUUUGCAAUGCAACUACAGCUAAGGGCAGAGGCAGUAGUCGUGUCAUUGCUGUGCAGGCAUCAGAGAGCCAGAGACAGGCGUUUCAAGAGCUCCGGGCUGUGACAAUGUCCUGCCUGUCAAACAGCAAUUCCUGUGCCAUGGGGAGUCAGACUGAUUUCCAUAGCCUGUCCUCAGACCAAACCCUGUUCCUCCUUAGGCAACAGGAAAAAGAGCUCACCAGGUGCUUGAUGCAAGGAGAGUCCAGUGAGAAAGGCGUUCAUAUGCACAAAGAACUGAGCUUGAUACACAUGCUGGUUACAGCCAGAGACCUGCUUCUCACCUGUGACCUCAGUGCUGCUGUCGACUACCUUGAUGAAGCACGGACAGCAGAUGUGGGAGGCUGUCUGCACUCGCUGUGGACCAGACUGCGUGUGGUGCAGUACCUGAGUUGGAGGAGCAGAGAGCCGAACCCUAAAGCAGCUCAGCUGGAGCAGGAGAUGAAGGCCUGGUGGCUGAGGAACAGGACUCAGAUACCUCCUCCUAAAGUUCUUGUCAUCCUCGCCAUGGACACAGACUGUGUAAGGGCUGAGGUUUAUGACACGCUUAGUCAGAUCACAGGUGUCCCUGUGUCAUUCCUUUAUCCAGAAGAGGGGAGCAGGAAGCUGGAUGGUCAGAGAGUGAGCAAGAGUUUGCAGGAGAGUUGGUGUGUGGUGAUCAGCAGCUCCCACAUUGGUCCCUGCUUUCCCUGGGACUGCCUCUCCCUGGUAGUGGAGUAUGACAGCUCAGAGUCUUCAGCCUGGGCUUCUCUCUGCCGGGAGACGGCCAUCAGCCACAUGACUUUCCGGACCAUUAUUCCAGUUGUUGACCCAACCCAGGCUGACCGCGCUGUGGAGCUGGACAUCGCUUUCGUACUGCUGGCAGCAGGCAGUCUGUUUCGCAGUGAGGACCUGCUGCAGACCCUACAGUCUACGUACGGCAUGACCCUGCUGGAGAGGAGCAUCCAGCCCUCUCCUCAGAUGCUGGGCAGACAAGAGGGUCAGUCUGUGGUCACAGUGGAUGAGAGCACAGCAGUUUUCACGCAGGAGCUGGAAGCACUGAGGAUAGAUGAGAUCACCGAGCACAUGGUACGGAGACUGACAGCCCUCUCUCUGCAGUACAGCCACUGCUGGGUCCUCCUGCUCUGCCCCGAGGAUCAUAGCUCUGGGUACAACUGUACCAGUGAGGUCUUCAGAAACCUGCCUCAGAUCUACUCGCAGCUUUCAUGGUUUGGGGAGAAGACGAAAGACAUGGGUGUCAAGGUGCUGUUUGUGACUGGAAUGGCAGACCUGGCCAGAUGCAUGCAUGACAUUGCUCACCACACCCUGAUGACCUCUGGCAGAGAUCCCAUCACCUGGCUAGACAGAGACUGGCUCUCGGUGCUGGCGUCUCAGGAGGAGAAAUGGCUGACACGUUUCCCUAGCAUCUCCCCACUGGUUGCCCAGCUGAUGCUAUCCCGAGCCCCAAGCCUUCACUGGCUUCUUACGGCUCCUCUCCCUGAUCUCCGGAGAUUACUUCCUGAGGUCCCUGAGAAAGUGAUCAAGCUUUUCAGCGAGACGGCAGCGUUGUUCCCGCCGAUCAUGUGCCAGUCCCCGGAACCUCCAUCAGGGUUCUUCUUAAGUCCUGGGGCCCCUGGAAGGGAAGAUGAACUCCUCUCACCUGGAACUUUCUAUCCAGCGGACUUUGGGGCCUACGAUGCCAGUAGCUCACUUAGUCUGAAGGAUGAGGGAGUGGCGCUUGAACUUGGUUUCGGUUGUGGCUCAGGAGCGGCUGCAGACCUUGAAGGCCGUUUCCUUACGAGCAGGGAUUCCUGCAUGGCACAGGAACCUAAGGAAUCAAGCAUGAAAUGCACAGCCCUGCUUAAGCAGAUGAGCUGGCCUUUCAAUGACCCUAACCCCCAUGGUCUGUCUGUGGAAGGUCCUUUCCAAAUGGCUGCUCAAACAGGCCAUAAUUCUCUGCCCCCAAAAUAUGCACAGGAGCUGUUUCUGCCCCGCCCUACAGGCCCCCCAUGGAGGGCCAGUACCUCCCUAGUGAACACUACCAAUGACAUCACCGUCCACUGGAAAGGGUGUUUCAACAGGGGGCUGGCAGGGAAGAGGAGUGCAGAAGGGAUGGAAAAGGAAGAUGUGACAGAAGUUAUACCGCAUGCGGCGAAGAGAAAACUGACCUAUGAAAGAAUCCCCGGUCGUGGUGAUGGACAAACACGGCUCAUGUUCUCCUAGCAAACUGUGUAGCAAUGCUCCUGUUCUUAUGGACUUCUCAUAAUGCACAAGUUAUCUGCUUGAUAAACAUUCAGCAAAAGACCUAUUCCCUUGUUACAGAAAUAUCAAGCAUUUGGUUUAUGCUAAAUACAAAUUCUGUAGUCAGUGUGGAGACAAAUUAAUUUGCAAAACCCUAGAAGCUGCCCUGGGGUUAUUUUCCAUGUGCCUUUGCAGUAUUCAUCAUUUGAUUGUGAGAGAAUAUUGCCAAUUGGAAGGGAAUAAACAUUUCAGAACUAAUUUAUAUAAACUGAAGUGUUCAUGUUGCGGAAAAAUUCCCAAUGCAAGACUUACAGUAGUUCUUAAUGUCCUCAUGUUUCUACCUAAUGUUUUGGUAUUCAGCAUUUCAAAAUAAACUUCUGCUUAAAUGCGCA